AUGCUCACGUACCUGCAGCAUACUGAUCCUACCAUCCCACAUUACAGAGGCAAUGCUCGGUCAUUUCUGCGUGGAGCCCUAGCUACCGUGAGUUGGCCAUUCAUGGGAUGGAUUGGCCGCUUUUUCCAGCAUAACGCUUCGCACGACCAUCUGACUCAUCACGUUUUCUCUAACAUACCCUUCUGUCUGUGGCCCCUCUCUGUAAUAACCAACCCAGCGGUGACGGAGCACCUGAAGAGUCUCCUGCGUGAUGACUAUAACUAUGACUCCACGAAUUGUUUUAGAGCCCUGUGGCGAACGUUUACAGAAUGCCGCUUCAUUGAGGAUGAAGGAGACAUUGUGUUUUACAAAAAUUCAAAGGGAGAGGCGACACGACAAGUGGCGGAAUAG